AUGUCUUCAAUUCAGCCUCGUAUGGACAAGCAGGUAACUCCUGCUGGAGAAACAUUCACAGAGUUUAAACUAAUCAACAUCAAACUCGAGGAAGAGAUGGAGGAUCAGACAGAAAUCAACUUUAAGAUGGAGGAAGAGAUGGAGGAUCGGCGCAGACUGCUGGAUUUUACUCGGAUACCGAAGAUCAUCUUACACCGGAUAGCGACACUACUCACAAAAAGUUUUUCUCGAAAACAUAUUUUAAAUGUUCACAUGAGGACUCACUCAGGUGAGAAGCCUUUCUCUUGUGUGGCCUGUGGAAAAUGUUUUUCUCGAAAAGAUACUUUAAAUGUUCACAUGAAAUUUCACACAGGUGAGAAGCCUUUUUCAUGUGGGACAUGUGGAAAUAGUUUCACCCUAAAACACACUUUAAAUGAUCAUAUGAAAAUUCACAUAGACCAGAAGUCUUUCUCAUGUGGAACUUGUGGAAAAAGUUUUCGGUUGAAAAUGUAUUUAGUUAAUCAUAUGAAGAUUCAUACAGGCGAGAAGCCUUUCUCAUGUGUGUCCUGUGGAAAAAGUUUCCUGUUGAAAAUGCAUUUACUUAAUCAUAUGACGAUUCAUGUGGGUGAGAAGCCUUUCUCUUGUGGAACCUGUGGAAAGAGUUUCAUUAAUAAAGGCCAUUUAAAUGUUCACAUGAGAAUUCACACAGGUGAGAAGCCUUUUUCAUGUGGGACAUGUGGAAAAAGUUUCACCCUAAAGCAAACUUUAGAUCAUCAUAUGAAAAUUCACACAGACCAGAAGUCUUUCUCAUGUGGAACUUGUGGAAAAAGUUUUCGGUUGAAAAUGUAUUUACUUAAUCAUAUGAGGAUUCAUACCGGUGAGAAGCCUUUCUCUUGUGGGACCUGUGGAAAGAGUUUCGGGAGGAAAAUGCAUUUACUUAAUCACGUGAGGAUUCAUACAGGUGAGAAGCCUUUCUCAUGUGGGACCUGUGGAAAAAGUUACAGUCAUAGAAGUAGUUUAACUCAUCAUAUGAAGACUCACUCAGAUAAGAAGUCUUAGGCUCAAAAUACCUUGGAUGCUUUUUGGUAUCGGAUCUAAUGGAAAAUCUGGUCGGAUGAUGUACUCAUCAAAUAGAUCAUGUUAAAGUCAACAGGGCUGCCCAGGCUGCUAGUGAUUCCCUGUAACUAUGUCUUAAACUGUCUGACCAACAUAGACCUGAGGCCUAUUUUUGUCUAUAAGCUCUUUUGUCUUAAACCUGUUUUUUGUUUUACUUCUCAGUCACAUUGUACUUAGCCUUGUCACAAUAAACUAUAAAUCGAUUAAUCACUCAAUAAAUGCAAAUGAGCUCAAUAAUAAAAUGAGUUAAAUAAAAUUGCUUCUUGUUUUCAAGACGUCUCUUUUCCUUCCUCUCUAGCUCUCGGUGAAGGCGGACGCUUUUUCCUCUGCUCCUCUCACUACCCAUCCUCACCCUGCUUGCUCUGUUUUUGUGUUGCUUUUUUGGAGCCUUCCUUUGUGCAUCCUCCGAAUCUACAGAUUAUGGCUCUGAUUAACUGGUCUCUCAAUGCAAUUGAGAUCAAAUUUUCUCAACAAAAAGACUGGGCACAGGAGAGGCCUCUUAUCCUGUGGGGACACAGCUGGCAGGAUUCAACCCUGGAUUUAUUCUUAACAGGACUUCUGCUGUUUUGAGCUUGUAAACACCUUAUCGACAAAUUUGUGACGUAUUUGGCCAAACUAGCGAACACUCAGACUCUUGGUGUGGACUGAGACACAAGCUGGAUGCCCAGCUGAGACUCAAGAACUCACUAGCGGGAUGGAAUCGAUCUUGGAGAAGUUGCUAGCUUUGGUUCAGUGGAACGGCCACACUGAUUGGGAUGAACUAUAAGAGAUAUAACGGUUAAAGACUCUAGGAUAGACAGAAAUUUUACAUCUGCCUGAUAUAAAGAGAAUUUGUUAUUCUGAAUCUGGCUCCCUGUGGCCUUGGCGGCUGUCUCCAAUCUCUUGGAGUUUAUGUAAACAAACGUCUCCUUCCCAUCUCCUCGCCCUCCUGAAGUCAGCCGGGGAAUCUUAUGGCUGAACUCUCAAGGAUUCGCUCUUGAUUAUUCCACCUUUAUCAGACACUUAUUUGGAGAACAGGCUGUGAGAGACAUGGGCUAAUCUGCAAACACGUCAUAGUUACAGAUGCACACUCCCUGACCUCGAUGUCUUUGCCAGCUUUUUUUUUUUGUCUUGCCAUAUGUGCCAUAUCCUUCCUAAUGUUGUCUUUUCAUCCUACUUAUCAGUUACUUUUUAGAUUAUUGCCUGUUAGACACUGUGGAGUUCUCACUUUUAACCCAGAAAAGGAAUUAGAACAAACUUGGAAUCAAGAGACUCUAGUUUAUUAGUCACUCUUUAGCUUAUUUUUUUACAAACUGUACAGUACUCACUAUGUAGACCAAUAUUAUACUUCUUAGAUUAAUUUUUAGAUUAUUAUGCAGAUGGACUCCUAUUACUGCAACCAGAAAAUGAAUUAGAACAAAAAUUCAUUCAGAACAGGAACAUUAAGUUUUUAUUAUUACUUAGAAACUGAGGAGUACUCAUUACUUUUACAAAUUUAGAGCAUACUUAGAAAGUCCAGAGAAUACUUAUGCUUAUCUAACAACCCAGAACAGGGAUUAGAACAAACUUAGAAUCCAGAAAACUACGUUAGCAAUUACUUUUUAGACUCCUGUUCGUCCAGCCCAGAAAAGGAAUUGGACCAGAGGAAACUUACUUAUACUUACCUACCAACCUCCAGCAAAUUUAGUUUGAAUCGUCACAUGCUGAAUCACAAGUGAGGAGCCUUUCUUAUGUGUGACCUGUGGAAAAAGUUUCACUCAAGAAAUUAAGUUUAAAUGUUCAUAUGAGAACGGCAUCAUUUGAACCUCAAGUAUCAAGUAGUUUUAUCUUUCCAUGAAACUUUUUUAUUUUAUUUUAAGGCAACUUUUAAUCUUCAAGUGUUUUUGAAAUAAUGUACUGUGUAUUUGUAACGUUUUAAAGGAACAAUGCAUUGGAACAUUUUUAGUUUUAGACUUAAACUUUUGUAGUCCUUGUGUGUUUAUUUUUUGUUGUACUUUGUUUGAGUUUCAUGAUUACUGUUAGCUGUUCCUGUAUGCACUGGUGUAGUCACAGACAAAUUUUGCUUCAGCAAUAAUGUUUCCUGGAUUUUAAUCUACAUAUACACUAUUAUAUACAGAGGUGUCUCAGAUAUCUCUACGACAUACACUAGACUAAAAGCAUGAAGAUAUGGUACUAUACAUUGUGGUGCAAACGUCAAAUAAACAGACAAUAUCAGAGAAAGUACCAGCCAUUAAGCAUACACAACAUCCACAUUUCUGUAUUAUAUAUGUUUAUCUAGUAGUUUGAUGUUAUGUUGUAAUUUUAAAAGUCAUGUUUUCAUUACCUGUAAAUGAAAAAUCAUCAUUCAACAGAAAUAAAGGCUUUCACACAUCCA